AUGUUGCCACAAAUAUUUUUAUUUACACUAUUCCUUGCUCGAGCCUUAACUAACAGUGAAUUGGAAAAGCUUUUCAAGGACACCAAAAUAAUACCGGAUGUUUUGCAAACAGCACCCAAGGAAAAAUUAAAGCUAGAAUUUGAAAAUGGCCUCAUUGUGGGAGACGGCAAAGAGUUUACUCCUACCCAAACAAAGGACACUCCCACCAUUGAUUGGUCUGCUGAUCCGAAUACUUACUACACUGUGUAUAUGGCUUCUCCCGAUGCUCCAGAUGCUGCUAAUCCUAUAUGGGGAGAAUUUGUACAUUGGCUAGUGGGUAAUGUGCCAGGCAAAGAUGUCGAUAAGGGAGAUGAAUAUUGUGCGUACAUAGGUCCCCUUGCUCCCAAAACUGGUGGUGUGAUGCGUUAUGUUUUCCUGGUCUAUGAACAGCCGGGUAAACUAGUGUUUGAUGAACCCUUUUAUAAACAAUCUAAAUUGGAGGACCUCCGGAAUUUCAAGGUGGAGAAAUUUGCAGAAAAAUAUAAAUUGGGUAAACCUUUGGCUGGUAAUAUAUACCGUAGUCAAUGGGAUGAAUAUAUACCAAUAUUGCAUAAAAAAAUGGGAAUAGUUGUGGAUGAGUAA